AUGAAGUAUUUUGAAAGUACGUCUGUGUUCCAUUUUAGUUGGGAUCAAGUUGCCCAAGGCUUAUGGAAGCGUUAUCCAAACCCCCAUAGCAAACAUGUAUUGUCUGAGGACACAGUAAGUCGGGAAAUACGAGGAAGCAAGCUAUUUACUAAGCGCCUGUUCACUAAGACUAACGGGAUACCAAAGUGGGGAGAGCGCUUCGUUGACUCUCGCACUGUGCAUAUUGUAGAGGAGUCCAUUAUGGAUCCAAAUGAGAAAAUCAUAAUUACAUAUACAAGGAAUAUUAGUUAUGUUAGAGUAAUGAGUAUUGUUGAGAAAGUUAUUUAUAAAGUAAGCAAGGAAAACCCUAAUUGGACCGUCGCUGAGCGAUCCGCCUGGAUUGAUUCACAAGUUUAUGGUUUUGGACGAGCCAUCCAGGCGUUUGGGCUUAAACGAUUUCGCAAGAAUUGUCAACAGAUGGUGGAAGGAUUUAACCAUGUCCUAAUGACCAUGUUCCCCCUCACAGCAACAUCUCUGCCUCCUACAACUUCUGAUGAAGCUACAAGUCAGUUAAAUCCAGCAAAUGAAGGGAAAUACCAUUAG